GUGAGUGAUCGCAAUAUUGAGGAUGUUCUGAGUUGUCAUUCAGUGUGGAGCCCGCACUUCUCAGUGAUGUAUUAUUAUGCAUGAGGCAUACGGUGACCUGCGUCUUUGCUAUGAUGUGUUAUGUAUCUAUCCUUUUCCUUGCGUUCCAAACGCGCCGAGCCGCCGGCCUCUAUGUCAAUAUCCGUAUUCCUCCAGGCGAGGACACUGAAAUCAUUUAAUCUCGCAGCCGGCGCUCCCAACAGACAUGUAGGUAGCCACAGCAAAUUUACACGAAUGUUACCCCUAUUUUCCUCCGACCGUAUCGGAGAAUAGGUAUUUAUAGCCAAUCAAAUCACCACCACUCCCUCCGAUCCGGCUCGCCACCCCUCAUUAUAUCUAGGAAACAUCCCAAUAGCUUGCUAUCAUCCCUUUUUUGAUUUCAUGUUCCACUAGACAGACAAUUCUUACUAGAACAUACCUCAAAGACACCCAUCCAACAAAUCCACACAUACCUAAACAUCUACUCCCGCAACCAUGUCCAUCUCCCGAAGCCGCCGCAUAGAAGCGAACUGCAAGAAAAUCUGGGGAAGCGACGACGCGUACGACAUCGACGUCGAAGGCGACGAGUUUCCACCCGCCUACAACGGCUGCGUGAGAAAGGAUUUCGGAACGUCGUUCGGGAUACCAUUGACGAUGACAGGCACAUGCAGAUCGGCAGAAGCCGCUUACGCGGAGCUGGACAGGAUGUUGGGGUUAUGGGCGAAGCAGGUUGAGAGCGGGAAAGCGAUGACCAAGGAGGAAAAAUUGGAGAUUUUUAGUGGACCGAGGGGGGAGCAUAGGCGUCUUAUAAGUAGGUUUAUUGAUUUGAUGGAGAAGAAAGAGAGUAAGGAGGAAAAGGAAAAGGAAGGGAGUGCAAAGGGAAAGGAGAAGGAAGCGGGCGGUUCGGGGUCGUCAGGUUCGAGGUCGUGAAAUAUUAAUUGCAGGCGGGCAUCACCAUUGUCGUUGUCGAAGGGUCAUAUGUUCAUGGCGGUGAGGUUGGUGCAACAACACCCUUUAGGUACUUACGUAGGCGCCGACGUCUCUAUACCGAAAUAACCACCUUGGUCGGGGUGCCUCCUAAAAUUCUUAAAAGACUUAAAAAAAAAAAGGCUCCGAAAGUAUUCACUUAG